AUGGCUUCACAUCGUACCUCCUCCGGACAUAGUCGUCGUGAGGCCCCAGUCGUCGAGCUCACCGUUGGCGACUUCAUUCGCAAGAAUGAGAUUGGCAAGGGUAGCUUUGCUACUGUCUACCUAGCUUCUCAUAGGAAAAGGAAGUCGUACGCCGCCAUCAAGUCCGUCGUUACAGGAAAGCUUACUGGGAAGUUGAGGGAGAAUCUCAACUCCGAGAUCAACAUUCUGAGGAAGCUCCAGCACCCACACAUCGUCGCCUUGUUCGAAUGUGUCGACACUCCCCAGCACAUCCAUCUUGUCAUGGAGUAUUGUCAGAUGUCUGACCUGGCUGCUUUCAUGAAGGGUAGGGCACGCAUCGCCGGACUGCCCGAGACGCGUGAUAUCUUCGACAGAUACCCGAAUGCAACAAAUGGUGGUCUGAACGAGGUUCUGGCUCGCCACUUCCUCAAACAGAUUGCCAGUGCCCUCCAGUACUUGCGCAAGUACAACCUGAUCCAUCGCGAUAUCAAGCCGCAGAAUCUGUUGCUGAAUCCGCCUCCGACAUAUAUGCAGCAGCAAAGACCAGAGGAUGUGCCAUUGGCAGCAAGCGAGAACUCCCUCAUCCCUGCUGUGGGUGUGGCUUCUUUGCCCAUGCUGAAGCUUGCCGACUUCGGCUUUGCUCGCCAUCUUGCUAGUACUUCGCUGGCCGAGACGCUGUGUGGUUCUCCCCUUUACAUGGCUCCCGAGAUUCUGGCUUAUCAAAAGUACGACGCCAAGGCAGACCUGUGGUCUGUGGGCACUGUGGCCUAUGAGAUGGUCGCCGGAAGGCCCCCUUUCAAGGCGACAAAUCAUGUUGAGUUACUUCGUAAGAUCGACCAAGCACAAGACGUGAUUCAGUUUCCUGCUGGCUUGCUUGUCUCCAAAGAGUUCAAGGAGACUAUCAAGUCUUUACUGAAGAGACAACCCACCCAGCGCGUCAGCUUCGAUCGCUUCUUCGGCAGUUCUACCAUCGUGGGCGACAUUCCAGGACUUGUCGACGAAGACAAACCACGUGUCGCUGAUGCAUCUGAGCCUGACAUUGCCAUGUCCGCCUUGAGCCUUCGUCUCCAGCAACAGUCGAUAAACAGUCCCGAGCAAGAGCUUGACACUGCUGGUAUCAGCCAUGUUGUCCGUGAGCCUCUGCCCGGUAUGGCUAGAAGACCGACACCUGCAGCUGGCCCUGCAAACGUUGAGUCUACGAAGAGACCUGAAAUGCCCAUGAAUCGUCGUCAGACAGAGGCUGCUAUUCCUUCGACUUCGGUAGACACCAAACGUUAUGCCGGCCACGUAGAUCAGAAGAGGCCGCCUUUGAUGCCAACUGCAACUGCUCCUUCGCGCCAAGAAUUACAGCACAUAGCUCCUGCCAGUCCAGGUAGGCCUCAUAAUCCGCGCUACAUUCCAUCACCCAGUUCUUCGGCUCCACAGACAACGCCCGUUCUUGACAAGGGAUCUCGAGAAUCGCGCGAUACGAACACGGCUCAUGACUUGACGUUUGAGAAGGAGUACGUCAUGGUUGAGAAGAAGGCUGUCGAAGUAAACGCAUUUGCGGAUGAACUUGCGGAUCGUAACAGACAACCUGAGAACCUCUCUGGCGGCAUGAUCCGUCGUGCGACAACUCAGGGUAUGCCUGGCUCCAACGUCGUGUCAAACGCGUUGCAAGCAGUAUCUGGCAAGCAAACGGGCACUCUUCAGGGUCGACGUACUUCUUUCGAGCAACGUCGACAAGCUCCCACUCCUUCGGAGUACUUGUCAAGAGCUCUGAGUGCGGCCAAUACACGCAUCCGUCAGGUGAUCGGUGGCUCUCCAACAUUUCUGCCGGGGCUGUCGCCACCGCAAGGAUAUGCCGGCUUCCCUAUUUCUUCAGCACCUCCUCUACCGUUAAUGAUCGGUGAUGGAAGACGCUCUCCGAGCAACAUCGAUGAGGAUGCCCGCAUGCUUCAGCUUGUGGAAGAAGGCGCCACUCGAAGUGAUGUUGUCUAUGGAUUCGCCGAAGUCAAGUACCGACAGUUGCUUCCCGCGACUCCCUCCGCGGAGGACAGAAGUGCCAUUCGGCAGAUCAGUGCCUUGGAACAGCCACUCAAGAUUAGUGACAACGUUGAUGAUCAGGAUCUCACUCAGGUCGCCAUUGUUGCUGUGGCAGAGGAAGCUUUCGUCUUGUAUGUCAAGGCAUUAGCGAUUCUCGUAAAGACCAUCAACCUUGUGAAAUAUUGGUGGGACCGCCAACGUAGAGCUGAGACUCCACCUGGAUCUCUUCCAUCCAGGCUUGGUGACACCAGACAGAGCACUUCUGAUAUGAGCAAGAAGAUGAACAACGUUGUGCAGUGGGCACGUAAUCGCUUCAACGAGAGCCUCGAAAAGUCUGAGGUAGUUGGACGUCGACUGAUCGAAGCUCAGAAGCAGCUCCCAACUGGCCACCCGGGACAUCCUGACAAUCGCGGUCAAUUGCAAACAUCGGGAUCCGGCAACACCUUGAGUGCUGCUGUCGACCAGAUUCAGUUGACGAGUGGCGUCACAGCCGAGAAGUUAAUGUUCGAUCGCGCUGUUGAAAUGAGUCGCGCUGCUGCUGUCAAUGAGCUGGUUGGUGUUGAUUUUGGCGGCUGCGAGCUCAGCUAUAUCACGUCAAUCAUGCUCUUGGAAGCCGUUCUAGAAAACGAUGACGAGCCUCUGCUCUCCAAACCGAGCGCGAACAAAACCAGAGCAGGCAAUGCUGUAAUCAACGGCAUGGAAUCUGAAGAUCGCGAUGCCGUUUUAAAGUUGAUAGAGGGCACCAGAGGCAGGCUCGAUGGUCUGCGUCGUAAGCUCAGGCAACAAAUGUUGCCCAGACAGGCAACACCAGCGUCCGCGUCUAGACCCAUGGCAAGAACCUCUUCUUCGCCAGGCACAGCAAUGGGGACACCACCAAGAUAG